UAUUUAAUAAUAAUAUAAGCUAUAAGUCGUAGUGAUAAUUGAUAUUGUUUAUAUUAAUAAUUAUAAUAAUAUUAAAAUAUAAUUAUUAAUCGCCGAUCGGUGUACGCUUCUCAGUUCUCACUUUUCAAAUUGUCAAUGUUCGACACUUUUGUGGCGUAGGUACUUAUUCACGUCGAUAGCGCGUGCUGCUUGCAUUCACAUACCACGCAUUUAAUUUAAAACAUUGUCUUUCAUUAGUCAUUAUACGGCCAUAUACGAACGGUUUACCUGCAACUUGUAUCCUUGUGCGACCGCCGUCUCUUGACGAGUAAAGUAGUUAUAUAACAAUAAUAUUAUUGAUGAUAUAAUAUCGUAAUCGGACACCACUGCCGCCUUCUUCGAGUGACACCUAACUAUAAGUUGUGUGUGUGCCCGCGCUCGAGUGUUUUGUGCGCACAAAUGUAACACAUACUACCAGAAACAAGACUUACAGCAUCUCUAUGAUGGACGAGUCGGCUGACGGUCUAUCCUCGACUAGCAGCAGGACGACCGCACAGAGCUUCAAAGUGGUUCUAUUGGGCGAAGGGUGUGUGGGCAAAACGUCACUGGUGCUCCGGUACACUGAAGACAAAUUUAAUGACAAACAUGUUAGCACGUUACAGGCGUCUUUUGUCAAGAAAAAACUCAACCUCAAUGGACGGAGAAUAAACUUGUCGAUAUGGGAUACAGCCGGACAAGAGAGGUUCCAUGCCUUGGGACCGAUUUACUACCGAAUGUCCAAUGGUGCAAUACUGGUUUACGACAUCACUGAUGAAGAUUCUUUCCAAAAAGUAAAAAAUUGGAUUAAAGAAUUAAAAAAGAUGUUGGGAAGUGAAAUUUGCCUUGUUAUUGCUGGAAACAAAAUUGAUUUAGAAAAAGAUCGUACAGUUUCAGUAGAAGACGCAGAAAACUACGCUAGUUCAGUGGGUGCUGUACAUUUUCAUACGUCAGCCAAAAUGAAUUCAGGCAUUGAAGAAAUAUUUUUAAGUCUGUGUCGUAUGAUGAUUGAAAAGGCUGAUAAACAAAUUGCUGAUAAUUUAGUCACAUUAAAUCGGUCAGGAAGCACAAGAAGAAGAACAAUAAUAAUUGAUGAUGAAGAUGAUGUGUCAUCUAAAGAAUCGUCACGUUGGUGUUGUAGUAGUUAAUUCAUUACUUUUCACCUUUUUAAAUAUGGUUUAAAGAUACCAAAUUUCAUGUUUAUUAUUAUAUAUUUAUAAUUUUUUUGAGAAACAGUUUUGUUCGUGAUAUUUUUAACUUUUUAAAAAAAUUAUAUUUUUAUAUUAGUUUAA